AUGUCUAGCGGAGGUUAUGAUUGGCAAGCUCCCGAUUUGAAGUCAGCUAAUGAUUUUGCAGUCAAAAAAAUGGUAGAGUACAUAAAACAAUCCGGCGAUGCAGUAAUGACAGCAGCAGCUCAGAGAUACAUCAUUGAUCAAUUACAAAAAGAAGGCUCUCCUUUUCAUACGUUUUAUGAAAAGAUUAAAGAUGGAACGGUGCAAAUUGAUGUAGAAUUCGAGGGAACAAUUAAUAAAGGUACUCAAUUAUUUCGAGCAGGACACGAAUGGAAAGUUCGGUUCACAAUCGAUGCUGAUACCCCUCCACCUGGAAGUGAUCAAAAGAAGCACAUUGGCUACGAAAUUCAUAUCAAAGGGAAGUUUAAACAAGCAGGGCAUGCUUGGUGUGAUGCCGUACCAAAAGGAAGACCAGGCACAGGUGUAGGUAUGCUUGAAGAAAAAACUCGACCAAUAGAACAUCAAUUUCCAAAUACAGAUGAAUUAAAGUAUUGGUUUACUACCUACAAAAUCAAUUAG